AUGGAUGAAUGUUUACCCAAUUCAUGUCUACUAGGUGUUCACCUCGUCAUUUCAACGCAUUCGGGGCCACAAAUAGUUUAUCACUACCCACCCUCCAAUACAGCAUUUCUAACAAAUAAUCCAACGAAGCAUCAGCACCUCUAUGGAAACCAUGCAAAUCUAAAUAAAAACACAAGUACAAAUAAAGAAGAAAAACUCUUUAAUUCUGGCUCUACGAAAACAGCUUCUCAAAUUGCUCUAAACGAGUCAGCGAAAAGUUACAAUACCGCUAUUACGCCAUCAAUGACAAAUACUAAUACUAAUAAUGUGACAUUACCUCCAACUAGAUCGCAUGCUAAUACUGUAGGAUCACAAAGUUCAAUUCCUGCGGCUACUAAUGGUGUAGGUUAUAGAAAAACCGAUAUCGAAGAUACUUCUCGGACUUUUCAAUACCAAGAAACUGAAUCUGAAACGUCAUCAUCGGGAUUAAGUGACAGCGAAUUGUCCACAGACUACUUAGACAUUUCUAGCGAUUCGUUUUCUAUAUCUUCUUCCUUAUCGUCAUCUUCUUUAUCUUCUUCUCCCUCAAGUUCAUCCUCAUCUUCCCCUCCGCAAGAUGGCUUAUCAAGAACUAAUUCGAGUUUCCAAUCUACGGAUUCAAUGUCUCCAACUUCACCACAAAUGAUAAUGGAAAACGAUAGUAUUUCAGUAGCGGAAUCAUAUCUAGAUUCUGGGACUAAUAACAAAUCAAGGGCCGCUUCCAAGAGAUCCCAGAAUUUCUUCCAUAAAUUGAGUACCAAGAAGAGUACUGAUUCAAAAACACAUUCUCCAGUAAGAAAGCUUAAAUCUAAGCCAUCACAAAGCACUAAAAAAGGCAACAAACUGUUAAAAAAUACGUCCAAUGAGACUGAUGGAAAUGCUUUUACAGGAAGUUGUUCAAUUUCUUCUAAAAAAUCUUUAUCGAGUACAGGAGAGCAUAACCAAGAACUUCGUAAUAGUAGCCUGAACGACACUCCUGGCCAAUCACCUCAUCAUUACCACCAUCGUUACCACCAUUAUCAUAAAAAUGCCGCGACGAGCCAACGAAAUUCCCAUACCCAGUACGAUGUUGAAGAAGAAGACAUGGAAGUUUCGGCAAUGUUGCAGGAUGGUAAAAUCUCUAUGAAUGAAAUUUUUUUUGAAGAGGAAAACUUCCAGGAUAUAAAUAAAAUUCUAGAAUUUGAUAAUGAUUUUGUUGCAGAAUUUUGUAGCCCUGAGAGGGAAAUGUGCAAUACCAGAUUCGAAUUCACGGUGGAUAAUUUCUGCUUCUUAGGCUUACCUAUUCAUGUAGAUUCUCAAGGCAGAUGGAGAAAAUCCAAGCACAAAAAUAAAACCCGCUCUAAAAGAUCUUCGAGUACUACAACAAACAUCAGUAGAAAGAAAUCUAUCGCUUCCAAAAUUUCAUCACUGAGUGAGAAUACUUUGAAGAAAGUUAAUAGUGGUGAAGCUGACACUGUUUAUGACAGUAAUAUUGGUCAUGAGGCUUCUACUGAUACGCCGAAUUUGAGGAUAAAUACUGAUGUCAGUGGAAACGAAUUUGAGAGAGAAAAGGAAGACUUGGGCAAAAAUAUGAACAUGUUUCAUGUAUGCUUUGUUAUGAAUCCGCAUUUAAUCGAAUAUAAUAAAAGGAUUGAUGACAUGUAUCAGUUUGUUGUUACAAGGUUAUCAUUAUUGUUAAGAUAUGUGCAAUCAAAAACCUCGUACAUUUCUAGCGAAUGCCAUAUAAUUUUAAAGGAAAAAGAACGGGUACUGAAACAUUCGAAAACAUACCAAUCUAUAAGAGGCGCAGGAAACAAGGGGAAGUAUCUGUACCAAAGAAUUUUAGCCAAAUCUUCGUUGGCUAGGGCGCUAACGGAAUGUGUUGAUAAAAUCCAACGAAAUGAAAUCGCAUGUCUUGAGAUCAAUGACGAUAAAGUAAUUUCCUUGCAAAUCCCGAUUCAAAACGAGUUUGAAAAAAUGCCAAACUUCAAACUGCAACCCGUGCUAAGAGGCUCAUAUUUGACGUCCAUUUUGAACAUGAAAUUUUUAGAAAAAUCAUCAUUGAGAAUUGAAAGUCAAAAUCGUCAAAACGAUCAGGCUCAAUUCAGUGAUACCAAUAAUAACAUAUACAGGUUUGGCAAUAAUAUUAAUAGUACCGGCCACUGUGGAGCAGCAAAUGUGGAUGACGGGGACGACAAUGAAAGCAAUUACUACUGCGACGACAAUGAUGACCUUUUAAACUAUGCGCUAUUAUUAUUGGACGAGCCAAAUAAUAUUAUUAGCUCCCUCGAAACUUUUUCAUACCAGGACGAUAUUGGCACUAUCAUAUUGAAACAUUUAGUCAGAAAUAUCCAGCCAAAUAUCCCUCUAAGGUCGUAUCGCUAUCUGAUAACUGAUUUAUUAGAUAACCCUUCUUCACUGGACGACCUUACUACAGAAACAAACUCAUUGGAAUCAAGCAUACUGCGCUCUUGCGCAUUGCAUUUAAUGUAUUGGAGACAUGCAAGAAUAGUGAUCCCACUAAGCUCCAAAUACACGUAUAUUGUUUCACCCUUGGCUCCUAUUCAAGGUUAUACAAUAGAUGAUUAUAAAAGUACUUCACAAAAUGAUGGGAACGUGAAAAAAAUGGACGAUCGCGAAAAUAAUAAGAGUGGAAGCGACAGAGUACCACUAAUUUAUCAAAAUUCGAUGUUGUUCAGAUCCAAAUUCCCAUCAUUGCCCAGUUUACCCAUUUUUUUAAGUUUGUUGUCCACGGACAAACCUCAAGCGUACAGUAACAUAAUCCCAUCAAGGGAACAUAAGCCAGUUUACCUGAACGCGUUAGCGUGGUUAAUACAGUACGGGUAUGUAACCCAAUUAUUGACUUUCAUAAAUAUCCGAGUGGACAAACACAUAAAAAUGGCAGUAGAUGAGGAUCUAGAAAAGGAAGGCUUCCGUAAGACUAAUACUGCUAGAAGGCCCAGCAUGGACUACAAAAAAACUGAUAAAAAGCUGGAUGAUGAAGAUGGGCAAAGUAGAGAUGCAAACGCCAGCGAAGCGUGUUCAGGAAAGAAUGAAGGCAUGCAGUCCAACGACAACAACAAAGAUGUGGACGAAAAAGAUAACGAAAAUGAUAGUCGUGUUGAUGAUCGUGAUGACAAUGAAAUAGCUAUUGCGGAUGAAGAAGAAAUACUACACUUCGAAUACGAUGAUCCAGAAAUGCAACAUGACUAUACUAUAAUUUUGGAACCUGAAAGAGCCACUGCGAUUGAAAAAAGAUGGCUUUAUAGAUGUAUUUAUGGUCAGCCUUCAGAUAUCCAGAUUCUUUUUAACAAGUUGCUCAAGUACUUCAAUGGAAAGGUCCCCAUGGAAUUGGUUAUCAUCAAAGAGGAAAUUAGCAGACAUGACCUAAAGAAAUUGCUCAAUGCUCUAGAUAAGUAUUUAAUCGAGAUACACCAUUGGUAA